GCCGAGUUCCCAGUUGUCUUGAAAGCACCACAAGAGGCGGAUGUUGAGUAGAUUCAUGAUAAACAGACUAGCUAACGGUUGCCAUCAUUUGUCUUCCCUACGAACAGGCUUGGGAUAUAGCUAUCCUCAUCACCCAAUUCAAAUUGUGUGGAAGAGACAACACAUCAGGCUGUUGGACCUGACAGAAGAGCAGGCUCUGUAGGUGGAGACUCCCCACUGUCAUCAGCAGAGUGGCUGAGUGAGUUCAAGGCCAGUGGUGAGUGGAGCUUCUACCCCAGGCCCCCCCAUCCAAAGGUCCAGCCAGCAUGUCCAGCGACCCACCUCCUCCCUACCCCGGAGCUCCCAGCGCCCCUCUUAUCGAGGAGAAGAAUGGACAGCCAGUCGCUCCGGACUCGGCGGCCCCUGUAACGACGGGGCCUCCUCAGGGGCACCCCCUGCCUCCAGACUAUGGCCCUCCACCCUACGAGGCCACGCUACAGCCAGGCUUCUUGCCGCCACACGUCCCAGGAGAUGGGGCCAUGCCCAUACCACAUGGUGGCUUCUACCCUCCGCCAGGUCACUUUGGCCCUGGGCAGUUUGGCCCUGGGCAGUUUGGCCCUGGGCAGUUUGGCCCGGGGCAGUUUGGCCCGGGGCCCAUUCAAUUUGGGCCUGUGGCAGGUCAGACGGCUCACACGGUGCCGGCACCCCCUGGGACAGCUACCACAGUGACUGUGCUACAGGGGGAGAUAUUCCAGACAGCACCCGUACAGACUGUGUGUCACCACUGCCAGCAGCCCAUCAUCACCAGCAUCAACCACAGCGUGGGCCUCAUGAAUGCUGUCUUCUGCCUCUUCUGCUUCUUUGUUGGUUGUGAUCUGGGCUGCUGCUUGAUUCCCUGUCUGAUCGAUGAUCUCAAGGAUGUGAUACACACCUGCCCUUACUGCAAGGGCUACAUCUACACAUACAAGCGUAUCUGCUAACCACCAACAGACAGACGUGUGUGUGUGUGUGUGUGUGUAUAUAUAUUAUGCACACAUUAACUCACAGCUCCUCAUGGUUGUAGUUGCAGCCUAUGUUCUUUCUCCAACAUUUGCUCAGUGUGUCGUGCUUCAUUUAGCCCUCCUAACUUUACUCUUGCUUUCUUAAGCACUUGUUCACACUCACUAUACUUACUGUAUAUCAUAGGAGGCUGGUGGGAGGAGCUGUAAGAGGACAGGCUCAUUGUAAUGGCUGGAAUGGAAUCCAUGGAACGGAGUCCAACACGUUGUGUCCAUGUAUUCGAUUUGUUUGGUACAAUUCCAUUCCAGGCAUUACAAUGAGCCUGUCCUCCUAUAGUUCCUCCCACCAGCCGCCUAUGCUAUAUAUAUUGUCCAGACUCACUUGCCUAGCUAUGUACAGGCAUUUAGAUAAGUGCUAGAUAGACACAUCACACAGGACUGAACCUGAUCUAAAAACAGAAACUUAUAACAAUUGAGAAAAGAUGAGUUGCAGACACGGUACAUCUGGCAUAUUUGAUAAAAAUGUCUUUGGUUACGGGAAGGCUCUGAAUUUGACAUUUAUGGAGCGAACUUGAUGGGUAGAGAAGGUCACACUUUGGGAAAGCUGUAAACAUUUGUCACUUUAAUCAAAAUCGUCAGCAAUCAUCAGCAAUUGCAGGGUCACUAUUUUGUUGUUUUUGUAAUUUAAUGUAUUUUAACAUGUUAAUAUUGAGCACAAUGAAGGUUACGUCCAUGUCUGAGACCUACUUUAUGUUUAUGUUCUAAUCACCCUGUUUGUCCUACAACCUUAAUGGAUAUCCAUUUUAAAUGUUACAAGUAAAUAACCAUGUAUCAGAUGUCAGGACAAACUCGAGUUGGUAAGACUGAGUUUAAUUUAUUUAGUUCUCACUUAAGUGAGAGAAGUAUGUGUUACUGUCUUUUUUAAUCCUCUAUGUGCUUUAGAUAGUCAUUUGAUGUCCAGUGAUUUUUGCUAGAGCUGUUACAAUAAUGCCAGUCAUGUCCAUGUUAAUGUAUUCAAUUUUGAUAAUGAAGCAAAUGUGUGCAUUCGCAAUACCAUUAUAUAAGCACAAGUUCCCAUGUGAAAUUUCAUACAUUCAUAAAACCAGAAUUACCAUGAA